GCCAGCCCCCAGGCGCGUCAGCGGUGUGGACGCACACGCAUGAAACCAACAUCACCAUGCGGGGAAGAGCUCAGUAUUGUUGACAUGCGGAUUUAUUUAGAUUUUAAGAAUAACUGUUUUUAUUUGUUUGUUGUUAUUCACUGUAGCUGUUUGGAAAAGAGAGUUUAGUUUCAAUUCACAAUGGAGUCGGAGGAAAAUAAGAUAUCCGUGUGGGUCUGCCGAGAGGAGAAGCUGGUCUUCGGCUUGUCAAAGCGCACCACAUGUGCGGAUGUUGUGAAGGUGCUGCUGGAGGACCAAAACUUCCAGCACAGCCUCUCUGUGGCCACGCAGUCUGGCAACUCUCGGCCCUAUUGCAUCGUGGAGAAAUGGAGAGGCUCUGAGAGGAUUUUGCCCAACAAAACCAAGAUUUUACGCUUGUGGGGCGCAUGGGGAGAGGAGCAGGAGAACGUGAGGUUCGUGCUGGUCAAAAAUGAGGCUUUUCUGGCUAACUAUGGACCCCGGAGCGCAGAGGCCCGGGUGGUGCUCAGCAAGCAGAGCCCCUGUGUGUUUAGGGACCCCGCGGUGGCUCCCAUGGGGCUCAUCUCGCCAGAGAAGCAGCGUCGGGUUGUCAGGAAAGCUUUCAGAAAGUUGGAAAAGAUAAAUAAGAGGAGGGCGCAGGCGGCAUCUAAGGACGCCACCUCUGCCGAGAAGAUGGAAACUUUGGUCCACCUUGUGAUUUCCCAGGAUCAUACAAUCCGCCAGCAGAUCCAGAGGAUUAAACAGCUGGACGCAGAGAUUGAAAGGUAUGAGGCCAAAGUUCAUUUUGACCGAAUUGAAAGGCACGGAAUUAAUUAUGUGCAAGACACGUAUUUAGUGGAUGCUGGCGCUGCUGACGCAGCCUCCAGCCUCGAGGGAGAAACUCAUCACAAGUCCUCUGUGGAGGCUGUUGCCAAGUUGGAGGAGUACGCGCGGCGGUGCGAGGAGGUGGUGAAACUACAGGAGGAGCUGUCAAAGCACGAAGCCCUCAUGGACAACAUCACCGUGGAGAUCCAGGAGGAGCUGAAUCACAGGUGGAUGAAGCGGAGGCAGGAGGAGAUCCACAGCAAGGAGUCUCCGCCGAGCGCACCAGCGGCCCUGCAAACCGCAGACAGCGACGCAGACGCACCGUCAGAGAAUGUGCUGCUUUUGGAAGAGGAGAGGAUCAAAACGCAGCUGGAUACGAGUUUAUACAUCGGACUGCGCCUCAACACGGAUUUAGAAGCUAUUAGGAGCGACUUAAACCUGACCCAGGAGAUUUGGGGGGCAAGGGAAAGGGAAAUCAGGGAUUUGCUGGAGAAAGUGAAUACUCUGGAUAUAGACGAGAGGACGACCAGUGAGGUGGAAUGUGACUCGGUGACAACUGGCGUGAUGUGCGCUUUGGAGAGCAAGCGCGAGUGGGUGGAGCAGGCCAGGGGGCUCUCCAAAAGCCACAGCGUGAAUGACGACGACUCAGACACAGGCUUGAGCUCCAUGCACAGCCAGGACUCAGACAGCCUGCACCCUGUGUGUGAGUCCCUGGUUUAGUGAGGGAGAUCACCUGGGCAAGCUGUGUUGUUUGGACUGUUUCUUUCUUAGCCACACUCUCAGGGAUCUAGUUAACAUACAGCAGUUUGAGUCUUGAGCUGUAAACUUUUUUCCAGGAACAGGUCUCAACAUUUUAAGGGCACCCUCACUAAAAUAAACCGUAAUAUUUCUCUAAUAUCCCUAGAAGAAUUUGGAUUUGGUGCAUCAAUGUCAAGUUUAUAGUGACUUUACUGUCCUUUGUGGUAUUUUUUCAAUAUCCCACAAUAAUGUCUCCAUGAUAUUUCUGCAGGAUAUAUUUCUUACAGUUGUACAAGAUCUUUCUAAAGUUGAUCAUUAAAUCACUUCACUUCUUUUUCGUUGGGGAUAAUGGCACUGGUUAAUUCUUACCUUCCAAACUGGUGUGUUUAAGUGAGAAAGAAGACAAAGUACAUUU